UCUGCACAGAACCACUAACUGCAGAGGAGAAUAGCCCGCUUACAUUCUGUGGUACAGUAUGAAGGGACGUAUUUCCUACGUGUCUUGUGCUAUCUCCAAGUUAUUUUGAGUAGACCGUGAAUGUUGUUAUCUAACCAUCCUUAAUUCCAUCUUCCUUGUGGCUUCCUUUGAAGAAAGUUUGAGUUACAAAUUAUUUAGCCGUAACGUGCGCCGUUGCGUUUGAUGAAUCGAUAGAGUCUUCUCUGUGGAAAUGUGAAUAAUUAUGUAUUACCGUCUAGAAGUAGUUCAACUAUUAUAUAAGCCGUUGAACUAAUCAUUGUUGAGAAUCACACAGAUUUUGAGCGGGAAAUGAAAAUAAAAGGCAUUGUAAACCCUCACCAGAUGUGCGCUGUGGUGAUGAUUUGCGUAAUCAGGGAAGAAAAGCUCUUUUCAUUAAUCCUGGACAUGUGAUGCGAGGUUGAGAUAUAAGUCGAAGUAUUUGAAUCCUUGCUCUGAAUCGAGGCAGAAUGAAACCACCCCAAAACGUGGUUCUUUGGUUUCUUUGCGUUCAGAGCCUUUGCAGACUCUCUCUUCAACAAUUCCCCCGUGCGUGUACCUCUCCAGAUGCACUCGCCAGCAAAGAGUGUUGCCCAGUUUGGCGUGGGGACAGUUCCCCGUGUGGGGUGAGGUCUGGAAGAGGUUCGUGUGAAGACGUGCUGCUGAUCUCCGCUCCUUAUGGAGCCCAGUUCCCGUUCGAGGGAGUGGAUGACCGGGAGAAGUGGCCGACGGUCUUUUACAACAGGACUUGCCGAUGCAACCAAAACUUCAUGGGCGUCCAUUGCGAGGACUGCAGGUUUGGCUUCGUCGGUGCCAAUUGCGCAGAGAAACGCAUGUCCAUCAGGAAAAAUAUAUUGGACCUGAGUGUCGAAGAGAAGGACCAGCUAAUUGCCUAUCUCAACCUCGCUAAAUACACCAUCAGUCAGACCUAUCAGAUCGCCACAGGGACUUAUGCCCAGAUGCGCAAUGGCGCAAGUCCCAUGUUCAGAGAUGUGAGUGUGUAUGAUCUGUUUGUUUGGAUGCAUUACUACACGUCCAGAGACGCGCUGCUGGGUGCGACCGGCCUUUGGCCAGAUAUUAACUUUGCCCACGAAGGCCCAGCCUUCCUUACCUGGCACCGAGCCUUCAUGUUGCUGUGGGAAAACGAACUGAGGAAGACAGUAAAUAAUUACAACUUCACCAUCCCUUACUGGGACUGGAGAGAUUCCGAAUCGUGCACCAUCUGCACUGACGAGUAUAUGGGAGGCCGCCAUACCACAAACCCCGACCUUCUCAGCUUGGCUUCUAUCUUUUCCGCAUGGCAGGUGAUUUGCACCAGAGCACAGGAUUACAACCGCCGUAGAGUUCUGUGCGAUGGCUCUCCUGAAGGACCCCUUCAGCGAAAUCCAGGGAACCAGGAUCGCCAGAGAACUCCAAGGAUUCCGAGCUCAUUAGAAGUGGAAUUUUGCUUAAGUCUCACCGAAUACGAAACUCCACCCUUUGAUAAGUUCUCCAAUUACAGCUUCCGGAAUACAUUGGAAGGUUUUGCCAAUCCAGAUGACGGUAUAGCUAAUGUAUCACAGAGCAGCUUGCAUAAUGCCUUACACAUGUACAUGAAUGGGUCAAUGUCUCAAGUCGGUGGUUCUGCAAAUGACCCCGUCUUUCUACUUCAUCAUGCUUUUGUUGACAGCAUCUAUGAACAAUGGCUACGGAAUCACGAGCCUCUUCAGACGAGUUUCCCAGAGGCUAAUUCACCCAUUGGCCACAACCGUGAUGACUACAUGGUGCCUUUCAUUCCACUCUACAGAAAUGUUGAAUUCUUUGUUUCAUCGAGAAACCUUGGAUAUGAUUAUGAUUAUAUGAUUAUAUCAGUACCACCCUCAGUUAUAGAAAUUAUGUCCUCCUACUUUCAAGAAGCCAGGCAAAUCUGGCCUUGGCUGUUAAGUGCUGGAGUGAUUGGAUGUUUGAUGACUACACUGUCAAACUGCAUCAUUGUUCAGAAUUGUAAGAAGAAGGAGAUGGCCACUGGUGAAGAGAGGCAGCCUCUGCUUGACGAGAUCCAGGGUAAAACCUAUCAAACAUCCAUAUAAAUUGUCUGUUCAAUACAUAAAUAAUGGUGCUAAUAAAAUUGCAAACGAUUUGUGAAAUGACUAUCACACUCUACCUGAUGCCAUCAAAUUGUUUCAUUAUCAUCCACUAAUUCUAUCAAAGUUAAAUUCUAGAUACCGACUAUACCUAACAUUGAGAAACCACAAGGAGUUACUCACUAGUGUAUCUCUUACUAUUGGCUUUUUUCUCUCUCUAUGUUUAACUUCAGAGCAGCACUCUAAUGCCGUAGGAACUGCAGAUGCUUGUUUGAACCGACGAUGAACACUAAAUAUUGGAGUUACUCAGCGGGACAGGCAGCAUCUCUGGACUUUAAGUCUGAAGAACGGUCUCGACCAGAAACGUCACCCAUUCAUUCUCUCCAGAGAUUCUGCCUAUCCCGCUGAGUUACUCCAGCAUUUUGUGUCUAUCCUCAGAACUCUAUUGUGUUUAUUAUUCACUGCAAAGAAAUAAAAGUGCCAUGUUUUAGGUGCCAUAUAUUUUUAGCUUAGUAAAAAGAUAACAUUGUAUUCUGCAUUGAAAACCUAGUAUCCGUGUUAGUUUUAUGAAUUUAAAUUGUUUUUGAAAAUGCAGAUAUGGGGAAGAAAUGUUGUAACAGUGACUGUUCCUUACUUUGGCUUAUAUGAAAUGUACCAAGUAAAGCCUUUGACACUGGGGCAUACUAUAAUUCAAUAUCAUUUUGGAAAAAUACUUUUAUUAAAUUAUUUUAUAUUCUGUCAGAAUGGUUGAAAAAUUGAUAUUUCAAUUUUUAGUUCCUAUUUGCAACUACGUACUUCAUGGCUUGUGCCCACAAUUUUCCCCGAAAAUAUCUCUCCUGGAAAAUUUAAUUGAUUUUCUCAAGGUAUUCAAAUUCUAUCUGCUUCAGGGAAGAAAGCAUUUACUGAUUAGGCAUCGUUAUUUUUAACUUUUUGUUUAAAUGAAUUUCAUAUAACUGAAUUUUUCCCUCACAAAAUAAAAUGCCUUUACAGAAUAAUUGCAAAAUUAGCAAGCAUCUAAU